ACGGCAUCGCCGGUCUCGGGGGAAUUUGCUCGGUACGCUAUGGUACGUAUUAUACAUUGAAGUACCUAGUAGUAACAGAUACGGUAACAAAAUAUUCAUGGGGGUUACGUGUGUAAGCGGUGACGGUAACGGCUUCGGUAGCGGCUUCGGUAACAGUCAGUGUUUGUAGGUAUGUUAGGUACCUCUUAUUAGGACCUCUGCCAAAAAGAUUUCCGCGGGAUGCGACAGACUAAGAAAUAGAUAGAGAGACACCAAUAAGCUAAACUAAUAAGAGAGAGGGUAUUCACCUAUAAUACCAACAUACGCAGUAUAGAGACAUACAAAAUACAAGAAUUACCUAAAGCUCCGGAUCGUCUGCAUCUAUCAAAUCCCGGGUCUAUCGAGCUAAUCCCGGGUCGUUCCAUAGUGUCGGCCAACUAAUAGCGAAUACAGUUGGCUGGCCUUCACCAACUACUUUGCGAGAGCCUACUCGGGGAUAUCGUGAAGACAUCCUAGUCACUGGUGGAACGAACAUGGUGACCGUUGGUGUCCUCGCUCUCCAGGGGGGCUUCUCGGAACAUCUCAGCUCUCUCCGUAAAGCAGCCACACAAAUUACAACUCCGUUAUCGAACUUCAACUUCAUCGAGGUCCGGACGCCAGAGCAGUUAGCCACAUGCGAUGCUCUAAUUAUACCCGGGGGGGAGAGCACCACGCUAUCUCUCGUAGCCGCACAGUCGGGGCUGCUGGGACCAUUGCGCGAGUUUGUCAAGGUAAACAAGAAGCCAACCUGGGGCACGUGUGCUGGUCUUAUCUUCCUGUCCGAACAAGCGAGUGCCGCUAAAAGAGGCGGGCAGGAAUUGAUCGGGGGACUCAACGUCAAAGUCCGUCGUAAUCAUUUUGGCAGGCAGAAAGAAAGCUUCGUAACGGAACUGGACUUGCCCUUCUUAUCUCACGGAAGCGAUAGAGCUCAGGCCACUCCUUUCCCGGCAGUGUUUAUUCGAGCCCCUGUUGUGGAUCAAGUGUUAACAGGCGACAUUACGUCGGUCGACGACAAGGCGGAGAACAUAGCACCAGAGGUCGCAACGCGGAAUUCUGAACCCAAAGUUCAAACUUCUAAAGGAAAGGUUGAGAUCUUAGCUACUCUUCCCGGGCGUCACGCCUCAAACAAAGCUGCGGUGGCAUCGACUGAGGGCACUGAUACUCAAGCAGUAACGCCUAAAGGAGCGGGAGAUAUCGUCGCGCUAAGACAGGAGAACGUGUUUGGAACAAGUUUUCACCCCGAGCUAACGGAUGAUAUUCGAAUCCACGUUUGGUGGUUAGAGCAGAUAGCGAGGUUGCACGUAUAAACAAAAGAAUUCGAUUUGGAGAUGCUCAUGAAACCGCAAAUAAUGUUGAUGAAGAGUUCAACAUCGGCUUUCUCCAUCGAUUCCCGUCUCCCAUUCUAGUAAAUCCGGAGACUGCCGAGUUGCCCUAGAAUAGAUAAGAUACAUAGUAUGAGCUAAGUUGAAAAGGUCAUGUAUCUAUCUAACUUUGCGGGGUACAUGGGGUGAGCGUUCAAGAAUGGGGGGUUGUUUACCUGGUUUUGGAGCAGGGUAUUGCUGGACGGCUAGACUCUGGCGAGUAAUAAACUGAUAAACUGGAGUUGAUGAGGCACUCGAUUAUCGGCCGAAAUACUUGUGAUAAUUAGAUGAUUUUACAUUAGAUUCGCAUCAUUUGGAUAUUGCUUAGUUACCACUCUUUCUAAUCACCUU